UACUUUCUAUAGCUGUUUUAUUCUUUUUCUUUUCCCUUUUUUUAAUCAAACUUUUCGUCAUCUCCUUGCUCUGCAUAUUUCUGAUUCAUAAAACCCUACUUUCUCUAGGCCGUCUUCUCUGUCUUCCCCAACCCUUGCUGUUCCCAGUCUUCAGUUUCUCUCUUAUUUCGUUAUUGAAUCUAGGGGAAAGCGUGAGGAUCCAUGGAUAUUGAUGUGCUAAAAUCGACAGUACAAGAUCAGAUGGACAUGAUGUCAAUGAUGAUGCAAAUGGACAAGCUUCCUGAACUCUUUGGACCCUACCAGGAGCCUUCCGAAUUGCCGGAGAUGGAAUUCUCCGGCGGUGCAACUGCCACCACCAUAGGAACUGCACCGCCCAUGUUCCAUAGCCCUCUCAUAAAUCCAUCUUCCUCCAUAUCGUUUAUGAGCACCCCAGUCCAAGAACCCAUGACACCACCUCUUCUUCCCCAUGUGGGCUCUGGGAGAUUGAAAAGUGCCGGUGAAUUAUGCGGUGUAAAUCCAUUUUCACCUCCCUCAGAGAAGAAAAACUCCAUGGCAGCAAUGAGAGAGAUGAUAUUCUCAAUUGCCGUGAUGCAGCCCAUUCACAUAGACCCCGAGUCUGUCAAGCCACCCAAGAGGAGGAACGUGAAGAUAUCCAAGGAUCCGCAGAGCGUGGCGGCGAGGCACAGGAGGGAAAGGAUCAGCGAGAGGAUAAGGAUUCUGCAGAGACUAGUACCAGGAGGAACCAAAAUGGAUACAGCCUCAAUGUUGGAUGAGGCUAUUCAUUAUGUGAAGUUUCUGAAGAACCAGGUACAAUCACUGGAAAGGGCAGGAGCCCAUAGGCCAAUGGGUGUUGUUGGGUUCCCAGCAACCACAACCUCAAUGGCCAAUCCCAAUUACUCAUCUUUGGCCAAAGCUUUCCAGACUUCUCCGAUGGUGGGCUCUAUGCAGAUGUUUAGGUGAGAGAGAGAGCAAGAGAGAAAUUGUGAGUUACAAUUAAUUGUUUUGGACAUAUGUAUUGAGCAGACUGCAGAGGGCAUAGAGAGUUUUUACCUCAUCCUAGUGUAAUUCUCUAACCGUUUCUAAAUCCCUGUGCUUGUUGUAUCAAUGCCUCUCUCCAUGCAGAAAAUGAUAGACUCAGGUGUCUU